CCACACAGGAACACGGAAGCAAAUGCCGAGCGAGCGCUUGCAAACUCAUCGCUUGAAUCACCGAGGAGGGUACAAGGACAUGAGCCAAGAGCUUGGGACUAUGACUUCUGUGGAUAGUUCAUAAACCGUCAUCGUAUUAUCUCUUUACGCGCCUUUUCAUCCAUACAGACAGGAACAGAAUGGCAUCGAUUUUGCUCACCAGGUCUCGGACUCCGUUGAUGAAAACAUCUAGGUCAUUAAAAAACGAAUUCAGAAAAGGAAAGUUGUCAGAAGGCGUAUGCUUUAACUGCACUGCACUGCGGUUAGCCACAAACAGCAGCCAUGGUGUUCUUGGAGGCAACAUGUGGCCUCAUGUCUCAUCUGUCCUGUACCUUGACAAUUCAUCAGCACUUCAGCAGCGCUUGUCCAGGUCACCUCGCCUUUACUGCGCCGUCUUCGUACCUGACCCUGCCCUGCCUGUGCACACCCACUCCACAUAUCCCAGGACGCUAGCCUGGCCACAGAAUACCCCAGUCCGGUGGGUACAUACUACAGGCCGUCUCCAUGAUGAUUCAAAGGUAGAGCGUUCUUUGCGUACACUGAAAGAUCGCAAUAAAAAGCUUGAAGAGGGAGGACCGGUGUACAGUCCGACAGUGGAUGCAGAACCUGUGCGACGGACAAUACGUCAACGCGUGAUUGAUGAAGUGAAGCACUAUUAUCACGGGUUCCGCUUAUUGUGGAUAGACACGACCAUCUCCGUGCGGAUGCUCUGGAGGGUGCUGAACGGACACAUUCUGUCACGCCGGGAGAGGAGACAGUUCCUCAGGACGUGUGCAGAUGUCUUCCGGCUUGUGCCCUUUUUGGUCUUUAUCAUCGUUCCAUUUAUGGAGUUUCUGCUUCCUGUUGCAGUGAAGCUUUUCCCAAACAUGUUGCCUUCCACCUUUGAGACACAGUCCAUAAAGGAGGAAAGACUGAAAAAGGAGCUGAGAGUGAAGUUAGAGAUGGCCAAGUUCUUGCAGGAUACAAUUGAGGAGAUUGCACUAAGAAACAAAGCAGCUAAAGGCAAUGUAACCGAGGAGUUCUCCACUUUCUUUCAGAAGAUCCGUGACUCUGGAGAGAGACCCAGUAAUGAGCAGAUCAUACGUUUCUCUAAGCUGUUUGAGGAUGAACUGACCUUAGAUAAUCUGACACGGCCGCAGCUGGUGGCCUUGUGCAAGCUGCUGGAGCUGCAGUCCAUUGGAACCAACAAUUUCUUGCGCUUCCAGCUUAUCAUGAAACUCAGAGCCAUCCGUGCAGACGACAAGCUGAUAGCAGAUGAGGGAGUGGACAGUCUGAAUGUGAAAGAGCUGCAGUCAGCAUGUCGUGUGAGAGGGAUGAGAGCUCUGGGUGUGACGGAGGAGAGACUUCGAGAGCAGCUUAAACAGUGGUUGGAGCUUCAUCUCAAUCAACACAUCCCCACAUCUCUGCUGCUGCUAUCCCGAGCCAUGUUCCUGCCAGACACACUGUCCCCUGCAGACCAGCUUAAAACCACACUACAGAACCUGCCAGAGAUCAUGGCUAAAGAAGCGCAGAUGAAGGUGGCAGAGCUGGACUUCUCUAAAGUGGAUAACAAGACCAAGCUGGAGGCCACGCUACAGGAAGAGGCAGCCAUCCAAGAGGAAAACAGAGAGCGGGAGCUGGAGAGACUGGCAGAUGCUGCAGAGAAAGUGAAGGAACUGGCCGCACAGGAGGGUGAGAUGGUGGAGUUGGAAGCAAAACGACGGGUGGAUGCAGAACAUUCUCUUUCCAGCGUAGACGUGGCCAUCCAUUCAGAAACACUACGAGAUACUGCACCCGUGCUGGAGGGUAUUAAGGGGGAGGAGAUCACUAAGGAGGAGAUUGACAUGCUGAAUAAUGCCUGCACCAAACUGAAGGAGCAGAAGAAUCUCCUCACCAAAGAGAAAGAGGAGCUGGAGGACCUAAAGGAUGAUGUGCAGGAGUACAGCGAGGACCUGGAGGAGAUAAAGCGAGAGCUAUCCAAGACGGGACAGGAGAAAGUGGUGGAGUCUAAGGCAAGUCAACAUCUGUCAAAGCGAGUCAACCGCAUGAUUGGAAGAGUGGAUAAGAUCAUCACUGAGCUGGAGAAGGACAAGGUGGUGUUAGACGGACAGAUGGACAGCAGCACCACACCACCAAUUGGAUUGUUCUUUGAGAAACAUAGUGACUUGCCAAGUGUGUUCUUGUCCUAUAGGGAGAAUCUGAUAAGCAUCAACGAGCUAAUUACAGUCAUGAAGCAUAUCCAGAGUAUUCCUGAACACAAGCUGCUCAGCAUCGCAGACGCACUCGAUGAAAACAAGGAUGGCAAGAUAGACAUUGACGAUGUCCUCAAGGUGGUAGAGCUGAUCGACAAGGAGGACAUCGAUAUCUCCACCAGCCAGGUUGCAGAGAUCAUGGUGAUGCUGCAGAAGGAGGAGAAGUUGGUGGAGAAGGAGAAGGCCAAGGAUAAGGUCGAGAAGGAGCAGGCAGCUAAACUCCAAAACUAGACUUACCGUGUAGGGAAUGGAAGAGAUCCUAAA